AUGCUCUCGCUCGCUUUUAUCACCCUAGUGCUAUCAAAUUCAGUUUUGUGCCAGAUAAACGGUGAAUUUUGGUGGUUGCACGAAAAAGUUGCGGAGCUACAAAAUAUUGAACCACCGCAACCUAAAUUCGAGGAAAUUAGCGAAUUGGAAACUGAUGAAAGUGUUAAAGUGGUAUUCCAAGACAAUGCGCUAAAUAACGGUGAGAAAAAGAGACACAAUGAAAGCACAGAUACGUUAUCAGUUCAGAGCAAAAUAUUACCUUUUAUCGUGUUUGUUGAUCGCACAAAACUAGCCAAACAAGAUAUUUCCAUAAAAAAUAACAGUAUUGUACCUAAUUACAAAGAUAAAGUGAAAAACUUAGCAAACGCUAUUUCAUGGAAAGAAUCAAGUAAAAAAAAUAAAGACGUGUUUGAAUUUAUUUUUCCUGAAGACAUUGAAAAUUCAUGGGGACAUAAAGUAAAAAAUGAUUCGAAGCAUUCAAAUUCAACAAAUCAAAACGAUAAAAAACAAAGAAUACCUAAAGUUAUUCUAAAUGACAAAAUAUGGUUUGAAGAAGAAAGAAUAGAUACUGAAACGGAAAGUAUUUGCACGUUUGUUAAUUCAAAUGAAUGUUUUUUAAGAAAGGGAUUUAUUAAUUCGCCUAGUUCUUGCCCAAAAAACAUUCCGUCAGAUGCGUGUAAAAUUUGUUGUGUACUUCCAUUAACAUCAUCAAAACCACGAAGUCCUAAUUUUCAUUACAAGCGGUAUAAGCGUUCUGAUCCAGGCGAAAUAUUGAGCGCUGCUUUAAAGCAAAGAAACGCUUUGUUAUUGCGAAAGUAUAAUACCAACACGCAACAGGCAAAAUUAGUAAGUACAACUUUGCGAACAAAACCUGUACAAAAAAUUGUGACUCCAAAUGAUUAUGUUGAUCCAUAUUGGAAUGUUAAAAAUCAAAAAUUUAGAGAUCCGAACCAACAGUCUAAUAAAAAUAAUCCGAACACUAAUGAUUAUGAAGACGACUAUGCUGUGGAAUUACCUAAACCUGGACUAGUUGGGCUGUACUCUGAUCAAGAAGAUCGAGUGACGAGUUGGAAAUUAAAAACAAACAAAGGAUUCUCUUAUGGUGGUAUAGAUGAUGAUAGUGAUGAAGAUGACGGAGAUGGAUUUGGUUAUUCAACUAUUGAUCCGCGAUUUGGUAAUCGUAAGAAUGCCCCAAAACCUAGACGUCAUCCACAACGCUUAAUGACUCCAUCGACUAUUGACGAUGCUUUGGGAACGUCGGAAAGUCAAACAAUUCAUUUUCACUCAACUCCCGAUUUUCACGUAUUGGAAGGAUUCAAACUUUUAAAUUUAGCAGAUAAUAAAAACAGAUUAUUAAGAAAGACGACAACUGAAAACUUUUACCAGAACGACGAAGAGCUAUCUGGUGAAAACACAUCUCCGUUUAUAACAAAUACUGAUUUGGACUACACUGACGCUUUUGAUAUAAGCCAGCAAGUAUUCAAAAAUUGUGGUAAGGUCCAUGUGUCCUUAUUAUAUUAUUGCGUAGGGAAAGGCGCAGUAGAAGGUCGUUGCGACCCUUGGCUAAUUAUCGUUGUGUUGACAAAAGAUCCAGACAACAUUCUGUGCUACGCGACUAUUGUGCAUCCACGGGCAGCUGUUACAGCAGCUAGUUGUGUUCUCGGAAAAUCGACCGGCGAUAUAUCCGCAAUAGCAGGUGUUUGGAAUCUCAAAGAGCGUUCACAAUCCCAACAACGAAUGGCGUCAAUUCAUGUUCAUCCGCAGUUUAGCGCAAACGAUCUCGCCAACGAUCUCGCAGUCCUACACUGGAAGCGGCCAUUAAGGCUACAAUCAACAGUCUUGCCGGCGUGUCUAGCUGACCCACAUGUAGGCGACGAGUGUUAUUUCGUCGGCUGGGGCGGGUACGAUCAAGCUUUAAAACAACGGCCCCAAUGGCAGCAAGCGGCUAUACUCACUCCUCGCAAUUGCAACAAAAAAGUAUCGUCGCCUGAAGUCGAUUUACCCGCCAACGCCUUUUGUGCCUCGGUAGAAACACGUGGGACUGUCACUGGCGUCGGCGGACCGUUACUAUGUAAAGGAGGAAAUCGUGUUUCGGUCGUUGGCGUGGCUGUGUAUAGAGAAGACGUUGUUGUACUGCUGCCGACCUUCGAAUGGGUGACCAACACUUUGCGCGAAAUACAAAUUAAUUAA